UGAUGAUUCACUAUUUAAUGUUAUUUGUUAAUUAUUAAUUUGAUAUUCGUACGCGAUUUAUAGUUUGAAAAAAAAUGAAUUAAUAAUUAUUAGUUUUUAGAUUAUAUUUUGAUAUUGUUCACUUUCGGCAAAGAUGAGUGCUUGUGUUUCCCUACCUUCGGAUAUAUUGGAAUCUUUAAUUUGCUCAAAUUGUAGCAACUAUUUGUCUGUAUUUCCAAUUUAUACAAAGAUUGAUAAUUCAGGUGCAUUAUGCGGCCGAUGCAAGGUCGCGGAAGUUGAUAAAUAUUUAAAAGACGAAGCUUACGAAUGCAUAGCUCAAUUUUUAACUUUUCCAUGCAUGUAUACCAAAAACGGAUGCACCGAGAAUCAUAUUCCGACAAAAUUAGAACAGCAUGAACGACGGUGUUCCUGGCAAAAAUUGGGUUGUCCGAGCAAAAAUUAUUCAAAAUGUCAGUGGAUAGGACAUAGAUCUGAUUUAGAGAAACAUUUCGCUUCACAGCAUCCAAAUCUCGUAUUAAAAGAUCGUCAAUUUCAAUUAAGUUUCAUAAAUUCACUAGAAGAAACAUAUUUGUUGUCUUAUAUGGAAGAAUUGUUUAUUUUAAAAAAGGAAAUCGACGCCAUGAAAGCGAAUUGCUAUUGUUCGGUACAACAUCUUCAAUCGAGUGAAGAAUCUAAUAGUUUCGGUUACUCAUUAAAAAUUGAGAGCAGUGAUAAGAACUACUUCUUUAAUUGCCCUGAAAAAAGUACUUGCAGUGAUGAAAAGUUGAAUUGCACCCAAAUUACUGCCGAUAUUAUCAAAGAAAAACUCUUUGGAUCGGAUUCAGUUAUAGUUAAUGUCAAUAUUUAUAUUUAUUAUAAAUCGUACUCUUUAACUGACUUUUUUUUAUAUACGACGGUAAUCCAAAAAGAAAACAGUUUGGAAUUCAAGGUGAAUUGGGACUUAUUGGCAGAAAUGGAAUGUCCAAUUUGCUAUAAUUACAUGCUACCACCGAUAUUCCAAUGUAUCCAUGGUCAUAGUUUAUGCGGAGCUUGUAAAGAGAAUAUAAACGGGAUCUGCAAAAAAGUCGUUAAAGAUACCAGGAACUUUACACUAGAAAAAACGGCGAACCGUUUACUAUAUCCCUGCAAAUUUCACAAAUCCGGUUGCACUUAUUCGUGUCUAGCAACCGAAAUAAAAGAGCAUCAAAGUAGUUGCAGAUUCGGUCCUCAAGAAUGUCCAUUAAGCGAUUCCACUGAUUGCAGUUGGAGUGGUUUCCAUUCCGAAGUUUUCGCUCACGUGGAAAACAACCACAACGACGAUAUUCUAAAAGGCGAUAAAAUCGAAAUACCUUUCGAAAGGGAUCGAACGUCCAGCGUGGUGUAUUUGAUCGAACGCAAAAAAAAAAUUUUCAAAUUAUGUUACGCAUUCGACGGAUCGAAAUUUUAUUGGUGCGUGCAAUUGGUUGGAUUUUCGGAGGUAGCCAAAGAUUACAGGUUCGAGGUCGAUUUGAUAGAUUUGAGCGGUUCAAAGUUGAGGUUUUAUCACUUGGGGUUGGUGGUACCGCUCACGAAAUUGGCGGAUUGUUACAAAUGUCCCGGAAAAUUCGUCGUGGCUACGUUGGAACAAGUGGAAAAUUUCGUUACCAAUUCCAUUUGUUUCAGGGUUAACAUUGUUGAAAAAUGAUUCUUUCUAUUCGUUUUAGAAUCAACGUUGUUGAGAAUAUGAUUUUUUUUGUUAUUUUUUCUAUUUUUUACGCAUAGGUCUUUGUUUUUUGGGGAGUAUCUUACGAGGGCUGUCGAAAAAGUAAGAAACGAAAUAUUGGAAACAAAUGGUUAUAAUUGGCCAUAAACAUUAGUGAUAGACAAGUUGCUUUUUCUUCUUCUUUUUUGGAAAAUUGUGAAAAUCACUAGGCACAGAAUCGAAAUUAUAGGGGAGGAAAUCUUUCAAUUAGUCAUUUUAAGUCGGGUAUUGUCGUGAUAAAACUAGUUUUGAACAAUUUUUCGUGAAAAUUGUGUUCCCCCACUCCAUAGACUGUAGUUUUGUCUCUCAAUCGACUCAAACCAACGUUUCGUCACCGAUUCAGUUACGAAUCACCAAUAAAGUGUCUAGAAAUGGCGUUAUUUUGGAAUAUAUACCGAUAAUUUUCGAGAUCAAGAUGUCGAACAUUUUUUACUUUUUUAAAAACCCUUGUAUAUCAUUUAUUUUAUUCCGACAAUAUAUAUGUAUUUAGUUUUAAUAGUUUUUAAAUCAUGUAUAAUGUCCAAAAUAAAAAAUAAACGUAUAAAACU